AUGGCACGUCUCAACACGCACACCUCUGCCACUCCCAUGCAAAGCCGCGCAACAACUGUCGACACGCUCUACCGCGACCCAACUCCUGCGGGGCGAGGUAGCACUGCGCGAAACUCGUCAUAUUCUGUCAUGAGCCCUGCCCUUUCGCAGUCUUCCGAUAAAGAGAACGACAUACCAGAAUCGCGCCAAAAUACGCCUCAGUCGCGAAGUAAAAGAAGUCUAAUGGCAGGAACGCGUGCGCAGCGCCUUCCUACCCCAGACUCGGCCUCAACUUCGAAUCCAAACAAGCGCCAACGAACAACCAAGUACGAUUCCGGCAUAUCGGACUUGCGUGGGAAUGGAGACGUGAAUGUAGGAAUAUACGAGGACGGGCAGGAUGAAGAGAAUGAGGAAGAUGACGGCAUCGUGCAAGACGAUGAUGAAUUUGAACGAGGUUUACCCACCCCGACUGAUGUUGGGAUCGAGGAUGCAGAGGGAGAAGAUGAAACAGAAGAGCCAGGCCUACCUAGGCCGGAUGACGAGUUCGACGAUGACAAUCCGGACCUUCGUUAUUACAACCCUCAACAACAUCCCGAGAAACGCCGGCAGAUUCGCUCAGGCUACCGCACUCUGCAGCGCGAGCUCGAAGACAAUCGCGAUGAGUACAUUAAGCCCGGCAGCAAGCGGCUAAACGAACUGAUUCCGCAAGCGACGCGUGUUUUUGGCAAGGUGCGGAUGACUGCAGAUGCCGUGCUGGAUUCUCACUUUUUGACAUCGGUGACCGAUCUAUCAUCAAAACAGCUGAAAAACAGCGUCGACCAGGGCAAUCACGGGAUCGGUGUCGACUUGGACCAAUUUGUGUCCAGAUGCAUCUUCUUCAUGAAGGAGGGAAGACCCCCCGGCGUGGAUGAGGACGCGCAACCCAGUUCACGCGGGCGCCGACAAACGCAGCGUGAUGAAGUCGAUGAAGACGGUGACGGCGAAGGGCUCGAUUGGGCGUAUUUGGGGAGGCACGCGUGUUUCCCAUCGAACAAGCGUCCUCCUCUUUCAAAUUUCCUCCUAGGACCUCUCUCCGUCCAGAAACGCGUUCGGAACAUGACGCAGCGCCGCGCUCGGUCACAACGGCAGCCGCUUGGCCCUGCUACACGACCACAGGAGAUAAAAUUAGACGAGAUCCAGAAGAACGAAAGCUCUAGUUUGACGCAUCAGGUCAAGGUUAUAAAGGCGCGGUUAUCUGAUCACAUUACAAAAGCGAGCGAAUUGGUAGAGACCGCCGAGAUUGGAGAAGAUGAAGAUGAUGCAGCUGUCUUAAAGCGACAUCGCAUUUGCGUGACCCAGAACGAGGAGGCGGCGGUGUCCUUGUUCGACUUUGCGAUCAACCCUGGCUCCUUUGGGCAGACCGUUGAAAACCUCUUCUAUAUCAGCUUUCUGAUUCGCGAGGGUGCGGCAAAGGUAGAGACCGACGCAGACGGCCUACCGCUAUUAGCUCCUGAAGCGCCUCGUACCAUUGUUGAGCAACGGGAACAGAAGGUGGAGAAACGUCAAGCCAUUUUCUCCAUCGAUUACGCCACUUGGCAGACCUUAAUAGAAGCAUUCGACAUCAAGGAACCUCUGAUCCCAAACCGCGCUUCCGAAGAAACGAGCGUCGGAGCCGGCGGUUGGUCUACCACGUUCAAUUAUCAAGAAGCGGUCAAUCGGCCCGACUUGAUGAUGUCGAUCCUUGCAUGGUACGCUGUAUCAAUGGCGUUCAGCAUGUCACCCGCCCAAAUACAAUGGGCACCUGGAAUCCUUCACACUGCCGAUACUCGCCUCGACUCCGUGCACUAUGCUUCGUUUGACUACGACGCCCGAAUGGGCAGUCAGCGCCAUCAUCCCGCUACAAUAUCCAUCCGCUGGACCCGGCAAGGCCCCUGCAGGUAG